GCUAAAUGGGAAGGAGAACGAUACAGCGACGAGAUAAAGAGGCAAAGACUUAACGGACAGGAAGCAGAAGAAGAGACAUGGCUCACCACACAGGAACCAUUGGAAGCAAACUUUUCCCGACGGUGUUGUACAUGGUGGCGGCGUGCAGCGCGAUCCCCAUCAGUGACCUGCUUGACCGAGCCUCUCAGCGCUCCGACCAACUGCACUCCCUCAGCACGACUCUCACCCAGGACCUGGACUCUCAUUUACCUCUUACAGUCCGGCUGACCUUGCCCCGCCCCUCACUGUGCCACACGGCCUCUCUGCAGACACCCCAUGACAAGGAGCAUGCUCUUCAAGUAUCAGAGUCGGACCUGUUGUCCCUUGCGCGCUCCUUGCUCCAAGCCUGGGAGGACCCACUGGGGGUUUUGUCCACCUCUGCCAACGCCCUGCCUCAUUCAGCCCAAAGCACCAUAUCCAACAAGAUCCAGGAGUUGCGAGAGCACUACAAGAGCCUCGGAGACGGCCUGGACAUCCUGUCUGGCAAGAUGGGUCCACAGGCUCAGACCAUCUCCAUGCUGCCCUACACAGGAGGCAACGACGUCGGCCAGGACACAAACUCCCAGUUGAUCAACCUAAAUUUCCUGUUGUCCUGCUUCCGCCGUGACUCCCACAAGAUUGACAGCUUCCUGAAAAUAUUACGCUGCCGAGCAACAAUGCUACCGCACAUGUGCUAGAGAGGGAGGCAGCAGGCUUGAGGUUUCUCAAAGCUGGUAUUGCCUACAAACUUUAGCUUAGCACAUGCUCGAAAUCUGCUAUCUGAGAUAAUAUCCUUACUAAGUAGUUGUCGGUCUGGGCUUCUAGAAGAUGGAGAGGAGGAGUUGCAUUGCACACAGAGGAAAUCAAAUUUUAUUUUAAAAACUCAAGGCAUUAUGGUCUUCAGUCCAAUCAGCAAUGUGAAUGUAUAGCUAGAAGUUGUGAAAAAAGAAACUUUCAACCUUAUAAACCUUCUAAAGUUGUUCAUCCCAUACAGCCUCCUUAUUGGUAAAAACUGGAGCAGCCCAGUGAACCCAUUGAUGACACUGUUUUGAUAAUGAGGACACAGCACAGCCCAGAUGGAUCCAGCUGGUCUGGCAUCUGCUGACCAUAUUGUUGUCACAUAAACCGGUGUGUGCCAUCGCUCCUGUUACUCCUCUAGUCGUUCCUUUUUCUAAAGCUUUUUCUUGUGUGUGGUAGCAGGCAGGUUGAGACAUCAGAAAGCCCUCCAGCAGCCAAAGUUGUUCGCCCACACUAGGAGGCUUUCAUGGAGAAAAGUCUCCCUAACUUGGGCUCCACCGCUGCAUUUGCACUUUAGAUUUUAUUACACUUUCCUGUCAACCCUUUGGAGAUCCAUCAAUCAAUUUGUUUAUCAAUUUGAAUAUUUCUGUUUAUCAAUAAAGAAUAUCUCUUGCACAGUA